AUGUUCAGGCCGCAACACGAUGGGAGUUUUCGAGAACUGUCGCGUGAGGAGUGGCUGUCAAUGGCGAUGGCCAGGCACGACCCGUUCCAGGAGUUGAGACUAGCCGCUGAUGCCACCAUGAUGCAGGGAAGGCGGGCGAAGAUGGAGGAUAAGCAUGCCUUGUUGAAGGACUUGAAAGAUAUCGGGCGGAGGCUCGGGUACAGUCUUGACCAUCUGCCCAGCCCAACUGGAAUGUAUAUGGUGUAUGAUGGGCACCAGGGAGUCACUUGUGCGGACUACUGUAUUAAGCAAACACAUAACAAGUUCAUGCGCAAGGUUUUCGAGGACUCUUUCAGAGAGUUGGACGAGGAGUUUCUUGCGAAAUACAGGACUAUCCCAGAUGGGAGCACAGCUGUGAUCGCCCUGGUUAUUGGAAUAGACUUGUACGUCGCUAAUAUCGGCGAUUCGGCAUGCUUUUUGGUGCAACGCAUUCCAGUGCAAACCCCUGCGGGGAUUGAUCACCAUCAGCAGCAGCAGCAGCAAGGGCGGCAUCCAAACUAUAAAUUGGAAGUGAAGUCGUGUCAUACUAACCAUAAACCAGAAGAUCAAGCCGAGAAGGAGCGCAUAGUCAAAAAUGGCGGAGCGAUGGUGACACCAGCUGGUGGCGUGGUGAGGGUAGCCGCGGCAGACUACGAAGAUAAAAUGAAAGCAUACAAGAAGGCUACCAAUGCCGGUCUAGGAGCGGUGGAGAAGCCACCGAUUGCCUUGGCGGUAUCGCGUGCAUUUGGUGACCGAGAGUUCAAGACGCCUAACAAGCUUGUGGUGUCGGAGCCUAGCGUCAAUCAUUACACACUGAGCCCAGAAACUGAUAUUGCGCUUGUUCUCGUAUGCGACGGCGUUACAGAUGUGAUGACACCAGCGAUGAUUGGCGCCAAGAUACUGCAGUACAAUCGGAAACCUAAGGCGGCGUCAGGAGGACUCAUUCAAGAGGCAUACCAACGAGGUUCUCAAGAUAAUUUGACUGCUAUCACCGUCUUCCUGAAUUGGCCGCGACCACCGACUUUUGGGGAUCUGGAUCUUCUCGCUGAGCAGCAAGCGAAGGCGCUUGAGGAUCCGAGCUCACCCAAGGCGGGCAAACGGCAGCGAACAGGCCCUGCGAGAGAAGUGAAGAAGAUACGGUGCAAGCAUAUUUUGAUGAAGCACAAGGACGUUAGGAAUCCGCGUGAUCGGGUCCGGAACAAGCAGGUCACAAGAACGAAGACGGAGGCCGAAAACACUAUGAUGUCCAUCCUUGCUGAUCUCAAGAAGGAUUCAAGCAAGUUCCCAGAACUUUGCAAGAAGCAUUCCGAGUGUUUGUCGAGUCGGAAGGCCGGGAAUCUUUGUGGCGACUUGGACUGGUUCGGUCACGGCAAGAUGAUGGCUGAGUUCGAGGAGGCAGCCUUCGCGUUAGACGUUGGAGAAAUGAGUGAUCUAGUCUACUCUCCCUCGGGAAUCCACAUAAUCGUCCGAAUCGCGUGACGCUCCGCGCUGCCCAAGUUGUCCCCGGUAUCACCGUGGCUGUAUUAGUUUGACGUUAUCAAGAAA